GCAAGAGAGAAACAGAGACAGACAGAGCAAGAGAGAGAGACACAGAUAUUCCGUCGUCUGAGAACGGAACCAGUUAAUGGCUUAACAGGGAGACUAGUAAAAAAGAAAAAGAAAAAAGAAAGGAAUAACGUCAUUUUUAAUUUGUUUAUUUGGUAAAAGACAUUCAAAGCAUUUCCGAAACAAACCUCACACCGUCUGCCUUUCUAUCCAAAACCACAUCCAGAGAUGAGGCGUUCCCAGUUCAAGAACUCCAGUCUGGACAGAUAUGUCCAGUCCUCAGUGACUCAGCUACAGUUGGUGCUGCUGGGCAGAACAGGUUCAGGUAAAAGUGCCACUGGAAAUACCAUCUUGAAUAAAGAAUGUUUCCCAUCUGCACUGAGCAUGAGCUCAGAGACAAAAGAAUGCCAGAAAGAGUGUGGAGUAGUUCAUGGACGGGACCUGGCAGUGAUUGAUACUCCUGGCUGGUUUGACACCUCAGGCCAACAAAGUGAGAUAACACAGGAAGUGCAAAGAUGUCUGUCCAUGUGUUCACCUGGACCACAUUCGUUUCUGCUCAUCAUACCAAUCGCUCGCUUCACAAAGGAGCAGCAGCAGACUAUAGAUAUGAUUGAGAAGGUUUUCAAGGGGAACUUCAGUGACCACACGAUCAUCAUAUUUACCCGUGCAGACGAGCUGGAAGGAGAGUCAAUCGAGCAAUUUAUAUCAAAACAGGACCAGAAAAUCCAGGAUCUUAUUGCACGAUACAAAAGGCAUUUCUUAGCCUUCAACAACAAGAAACCAAAGAACCGGGACCAGGUGAAACAGCUCCUGAAGAAGCUGGAUGAGUUGCUGGAACAGAACGAGAACAGUCACUUCACCAACAAGAUAACAGAGCAUCCAGAGAUGAGGCGUCCCCAGUUCAAGAACUCCAGUCCACACAGAGACGUCCCGCUGAGGUUGGUGCUGCUGGGCAAAACAGGUUCAGGUAAAAGUGCCACUGGAAACACCAUCUUGGAUAAAGAAUAUUUCCCAUCUGCACCAAGUAUGAGCUCAGUGACAAAAAAAUGCCAGAAGGAAUGGGGAGUAGUUCAGGGGCGGAGCCUGUCAGUGAUUGAUACUCCUGGCUGGUUUGACACCUCCCUUGAGCUAAAUGAUAUAACAGAGGAAGUGCUAAGAUGUCUGGCCAUGUGUUCACCUGGACCACAUGCGUUUCUGCUCAUCAUACCAAUCGCUCGCUUCACAGAGGAGCAGCAGCAGACUGUAGAUAUGAUUGAGAAGGUUUUCAAGGGGAACUUCAGUGACCACACGAUCAUCAUAUUUACCCGUGCAGAUGAGCUGGAAAGAGAGACAAUUGAGCAAUUUAUAUCAAAACAGGUCCAGGGAAUCCAGGAUCUAAUUGCACGAUUUGGUGGGCGUUUCCUGGCUUUCAACAACAAGAACCCAAAGAACCAGGACCAGGUGAAUCAGCUCCUGAAGAAGCUGGAUGAGUUGCUGGAAGAGAACGAGUACCGUCACUUCACCAACCGGGAAACAGAAGUUGUAGACAAGGUACAAGAUAUGUUGGAACAGAAAAAGCAAGAGAAACUGGAUGAAUCAAUUCAGAAGGCAAAGGAAGAAGUACGGCAGAUUGCUGAACGUCGGAGAGCCAGCAUCAUUAAAGACCUUGAGGAGAAUAAGAAAGAGAUACAAAGACGCAGGAAGCAGAUCCAGAGAAAUAUCAACGAAUUAACAGUUGAGAUAAGAAACGAAAAUCAAAAGUUGCAUAGAGAUCCCGCCAGACUACAUAACCUGCACAUUCGUCUGCAGAGAGAAAAGAACAGUCUAAUUAAUUUACAGGAAGAGCAGGUGAUGAUGAUAAAGAAAAGUGAAGAAGAAAAGCAGAGGCUUGAAAUAUGGGUCAAGGAUGAAGAGCAGAGGAGGGACCAAGAGGAGAGGGAAAAGGCUUCAAAUGAGAUUCAAAAUAAUUUAUUAGACAAUGACAAUUAUUUAAAAAUUCUGAUGUCCCUUGUAAUAUUUUAUGGAGGGGCUCAAUUGGGAAUUCCGUAUUCACGUGCACUUUUGGCUAGUUUAUUAGCCUCAAGCUUUGCAACCGAUUUGAUUCCAAUGCUUGGAUCAGAGCGUUCAAGGGCUGUGACAGCAGCUGUUGCAAAUGCAGCUCGCGAUGGAGCAGAUCGCUUGGUAAACAACCUUUGCUCUAUUCAGUAACUCAAAAAAUAUCACAUAUUUUAAUCAUGUAUCACUCUGAUCAUACAGCAAAAUCUGUACUGUUUCCAUAUGUAGUCUGUGAGCGCCAAAACGGUUUCAGUGUUGUUAUUACGGUAAUAAUCUCUUUUAUUAUUACUGCAUAUGCUAAUCUUGCUUGCACAACAGGGUGAAAAGCUAACAGGAGCUUAUGGUAAAAAAAAAAAAUGCCACUGGAAGUUAGCAAAAUGCGCCAGAUAAACUAUUAAAGCCCCUGAAAUUCUUUUAUUAGGAACAUUUAGUAAUUUGUAUAUCCUAAAUGACACAAGUGUUGUUAGGUCAAGUGUUGUAUAGUGCUUUGAACAGUAGACAUUGUCAUAAAGCAGCUUGACAGAAAUAAUAAAUUCUGGAUACAGAUUUUAUAUUCAAAAUGUAUUCCAGAGGGCAUAAUGGACAUUGACAAAGGACAGAAAUCUUUCUAUUACGACAUGAAACCUAGAAUCUUCCUCUGGGUAACGCCGGAUUGUGUUACUGAGCUCCACGUGGAAACUUUCCAAAAUGGCGUAGUAUCUUUUUUUUUUUUUACCCCCGUCUCUGUCGCCCCCUUGUGGCUGUUAGCAGUUCAAUUCUUAUUCUAAUCCAAUCUUUCAUCGUAUUAUGAGUAAUGUGGUUUAAUAUAAUUCUUUGUAACUUUAUAUUAUCGUUUGCUUUGGGCUAUGUAAAGAGCCAUAUUAUCUUGCUAGCAUGCUAACAAAGAAGUUACAUAAUACUCUAUACCCAGUGACCACAUAAUCUGAUGUUAAAAACUAAUUCGAAUGUUAGCAUGUUAUAUCAGUAAAUGUACCCCCUCCAUGAAUGACAUUAAAUGUGUUUAUGUUAAAAAAAAAUAUU